CAGUGGAUCGUAUAGAAGUUGCCCUUAAAAUAAAUAGAGUCUAACGCUUGAUGAAAGAAUUCUUGAUUUCAAAAUUAAAAUAAAAAUUAGUUUUUUAUUACAAAUAAUUUUAAUUGUUUGAUCAUUUAAAAUUGUGGUUUAUAUAAAAAUUAAAUAAAAAUAUGGAGGAGGCAUUUGCGCGAGAAUUCGAUCCCUUUUUAUUUUCCCAAGAUCAGGAACGAAGUGACAUUGCCACUGUUUCUGUAAAUGUUGGAGCUUUUUUAUUGAAAAACGAACCAGAGGACGAUGUGGUUAUAGUGAAUCCAGAAAUAAUUGAAAUACUUGAUUUGGAUGACGACGACAGUGAGAAAUCUGAUGAGGGGUCAAAGUUAGGAACUGUUGCUGACGGUACUGAAUUACUUACGGUUCUUGCCUCUGAGCCCGUGCCGUUAGGUAAACUCAAACGAAAAUCAACUCGUAAGAUGGUGAACGAAGCCAUUUUGAAUUUAAAUAAAAUGAGCGGUUCAUCUAUUAUUGCAAUUGAGAAGCAAAUACUUUUAAAAUAUGAUAUUUUGGAUUCUAAGCGGCUACACAAACAAGUUAAGAAGUAUAUAACUACUUCCGUAUCAGAGGGAAAACUUGAACAAAAUAAAAGGUCUUACAGAUUACCGAAUCAAUUCAAAGUAAAAAUUAAAUUGAAUACAAUUAAAAGAAAAUCACUGGCAAAUGCUAAAGCUGUACAGUCUCCAAAACCUACCAUGGGUCGGAGAAGAAUUUCUCUUCCAAAUAUUCCCAAAAAAACCUCAACUAAUAGUGAAGACACAGUUAUUACAGUUUCUCAAGUUAAAAAAAAUCGGAAGUCAUUGAAGGAAAAUAAUAUGCCGGUUGCGGAUUCUCUUGAAAUGCAAAAUUCUCAUGAUAAUAUUGGAGUACAACAUGCGUUACCCUCUAAGACUAGGAAAUCUACUUCGGCUGAUAAUAAAAAAACUACUACAGUUGCAAAAACCAGAAAAUCUAAUGCAAAAAAAGCUCCCACAACAAACAAGCGAUCCACAAAUUCUCUAUCGGUUGAUGCAGCCACUGAUGUUGGCACUGAUAUAAAAAAUGAAGAAUCUAAAUCAGCUGAUAAAUCAAAGAUUGCCACAUCUAGAAAAACAAAAAAAAAUACAACUUCUACUCAGGUACAGGAUGCCAAAUCUAGAAAAUCUAAAAAAAACACUUCUACUACUGAGGCACAGGUUGCCACAACUAGAAAAUCAGGAAAGAAAGUUUCUAUUGACGAGACAGAAGUUGUCACAUCCACUAAAAGUAAAGAGUCUAAAGCACAAGUUGCAACAGCGUCCAAAUCAAAAAAAGCUACUACUGAUGCUAAAGCACAGGUUGCCAUAGUGAGUCAAAUUGAAAAAUCUAAUUCUGCUAAUAAAGCACAGGUUGCCACAGUUAGUCAGACUAUGAAAUCGACUUCUGCAAAUAAAGCACAGGUUGCCACAGUUAGUCAAACUGAAAAAUCCAUUUCUUGGAAUGAAGCACAGGUUGCCACAGUUAGUCAAACUGAAAAAUCCAUUUCUGCGAAUAAAGUACAAGCUGCCGCAAUAACUGAAACACAGCAAUCUACAUCUGCUGAUUUUGAUGAAACAGUAAUUAGCACAGCUAAUCAAACAACGACAGAUAUUUCCGAAUAUUCUAGUUCACAGAGUUUAUUUGAUGAGGAUGAAACUCAGGCUGAUAUACUCAUGAGUACCGAAAAAUCUUUGAAAUGGGAUAAUGCAGAAGAAUUAGCAUUGACAAAAUCGAGUGGAUCUAUUGAAUACAUUGGGGCGCAGGUUGCUCACAUUCUAAAAUCAAGCUUACAUAUUGACGACGACGAUGCACUGAACGCUCUAGCAUUUUAAAUAAAACGACGAAGUGUGACUAGAAAAGUUCACUUAUUAAAAAUACGAGUACAAAAUAGACUGUUUACUUUUAAAAGAAGAUAUGUUUAUUAUUGUUGAAUCUACAGAGAGAUCUCUAGUUAGAGAUAUUUAAAUUCAUAGAGGUUAUUUGUGGAGGAUGAAGCGCAGGUUGUUAUAUUCAUGAGUACCGAAAAGUCUUUGAAAUGGGAUGAUGUAGAAGAACUAACAUUGACAAAGUCGAGUAGAUCUAUUGAAUACAUUGGGGCGCAGGUUGCUCACAUCCUGAAAUCAAGCUUACAUAUCCA